UGACAUUUUGCAUUCCGAAUCGGAAUCACUAGCUCGUUUGCAAAAUGUGCUUACUUCUUGGACCUUUGGGAGUUGGAAAAACACUUAUUUUGAAGCGUUUGCAAGUUUAUUCUACAAAAGGUUCGUUUGAAAAUCUGAAUGAUGCUCCAUCAACAAUACCAACGGUUGGUACAAACCUAACCAAUGUUCAGCUCAACAAGAAGAUAGAGGUUAGAGUGAGAGAAUUAGGAGGCAUGAUGGCACCUAUCUGGCCUAACUACUUCACUGAUAGUUCUAUAGUGCUGUAUGUAGUUGAUGUAUCAAACAUGUCCCAGGUGUCCAGUGCAUGUAUCCAGCUUCUUCAAGUACUGACUGAUCCCAAACUACAAAAUGCUUCCAUCUUGGUCGUUCUGAAUAAAAGUGACCUACCUCUUCCAAUGAGCAUGCAACAGAUCCGAUCCCUGCUUCAUCUGGAUGACAUAGCAAACUCGGCUAGCCAGAGGAUAGAGGUUUUACAGGUCAGUGCACUCACAGGUCAAGGGUUAGAUGAGGUCGUCAGGUGGCUCAGCUCCAAUGCUAAGGGAUAAGAUACUUCUCGUCUACUUUUUUGUUGCACUGUGUAUAUUCAUAUGUUUACAUUUAAAGGCCUGGUCCCACUGGCCGAUGGACACAAAACAUAUUCAUAACGAAUAGUAAAAAGGAUAGGAUAGGAUAGUAACAAGCAAAAUUUUGGGGUGGUUUCAUCCGUUGUCAAUGGACAAAAUGGGCGAACAAUGAAAUCACAGUGGACAAAUGCUGGAUGGAUAUAGAGCGUAUGAAACAUGAAUGCAAAGAGUACACAAUGGAUUCAUAAUGUUUUCCAAUGGACGGCGAGAUUCUUUUCCGUUUAACAUUCUCUCUGCAUUCACGGGUGCGGUGGGACCAAGCCUUAAAUACAUAUCUUUUAAUCUGUAAAUAAUGCUGUACAGUAUUUAUGAUGUACAUAUAUUUCUGUAGUAAAGGCUGCAAAUUUGUCCAUUGACAACUGAAAGCUUUUGUUUUCAUCUUAUAUCCGUGUAUACAGCUCAUAGAGGGAUGUGAUGAAUAUGGGUUUUGAAUUUUGUUUUAUGUGCAAUAGUUGUGGUUUACAAUAUUUUUUUAUUUUUAUAUGCACUUUCAUAAGCCUUCCAUCAGAUUAUUUUGUCCUCUUUUCAAAUCACAGGGCCGUGUAACACAGAAAAGUUUUUGUUUUGGGAUUCAUCAUAAUACAGAUUUUUUCUUUGAUUGCAUUGAGCAUUGUUUGGAAUUAAAUUUCAAAAUAUUGAUAGUGUGAUCAACUGUGUCUUGGGUCCCAGGGCCCUAUAUCACAAAAGUUAACGAUUGGCAGUAUAUUUUAUUUGUACGCUUGAUUUCACACAAUGAACAGUGUAAUCAACUAUAAAAUCUUUUUU